AUGUUCGAAGCGCGCCUGGUCCAGGGCUCCAUCCUGAAAAAGGUGCUGGAGGCGCUGAAGGACCUCAUCAAUGAGGCCUGCUGGGACAUCAGCUCGAGCGGCGUGAACCUGCAGAGCAUGGACUCGUCCCACGUCUCUUUGGUGCAGCUCACCCUGCGGUCCGAGGGCUUCGACACGUACCGCUGCGACCGCAACCUGGCCAUGGGCGUGAACCUCACCAGCAUGUCCAAGAUACUAAAAUGUGCUGGCAAUGAAGACAUCAUUACCCUAAGGGCUGAAGAUAAUGCAGACACCUUGGCACUCGUGUUUGAAGCUCCAAACCAAGAAAAGGUUUCAGACUAUGAAAUGAAGUUAAUGGAUUUGGAUGUUGAACAACUUGGAAUCCCAGAACAGGAGUAUAGCUGUGUAGUAAAGAUGCCUUCUGGUGAAUUUGCGCGUAUAUGCCGAGAUCUCAGUCAUAUUGGAGAUGCUGUUGUAAUUUCCUGUGCAAAAGAUGGAGUGAAAUUCUCUGCCAGUGGGGAACUUGGAAACGGAAAUAUUAAGCUGUCACAAACAAGUAAUGUCGAUAAAGAAGAGGAAGCUGUUGCCAUAGAGAUGAAUGAGCCAGUCCAGCUAACUUUUGCACUGAGAUAUCUGAACUUCUUUACAAAAGCUACUCCACUCUCUCCUACAGUAACACUCAGUAUGUCUGCAGAUGUACCCCUUGUUGUAGAGUAUAAAAUUGCUGAUAUGGGACAUUUAAAGUACUAUCUGGCUCCCAAGAUCGAGGAUGAAGAAGGAUCUUAA